UACAUAUGAAUGUAAUUUGUUAAAGUCAAAUUAAAUAUCUUUCCUUCCUUGUCUCUUUGAUUCAUUCAUGAUUCAUCUACCUCUCCCCAAAACCGCAACGUUACUCCAUUCUUUCUACACACUCAAUCCAAAUCCAUUCCAGAUUUUCCCCAGAAACUCAUUAUUUUCCGAUUCAAGGAAGAGAAACUCAUCAAUGGCGCCUCCGAUUCUUUCCUUAGCUCUUCCUUCCGAAACCGGUCGAGUACUCAGCAUUCAAUCUCACACUGUUCAGGGUUAUGUAGGAAAUAAAUCGGCUGUUUUUCCUCUCCAACUUUUGGGCUAUGAUGUCGAUCCAAUUAAUUCCGUGCAGUUUUCAAACCACACAGGGUAUCCAUCUUUUAAGGGCCAGGUUUUAAAUGGACAGCAACUCUGGGAUCUAAUUGAAGGCCUUGAAGCCAAUGAUUUAUUGUACUACACUCACUUAUUAACAGGUUAUAUUGGUUCAGUUUCUUUUCUCAACACAGUAUUGGAUGUUGUCUCCAAGCUUCGCUCAAUAAACCCCAAGCUUACAUAUGUAUGUGAUCCAGUAUUGGGUGAUGAAGGAAAGCUUUAUGUUCCUCAAGAGCUGGUGACAGUGUACCGUGAGAGGGUUGUUCCAAUCGCUUCAAUGUUGACUCCCAAUCAGUUUGAAGCAGAAUUACUGACAGGACUCAGGAUUCAGUCUGAAGAAGAUGGUCGAGAAGCUUGUAACUCAAUUCAUGCAGCUGGACCUUCAAAGGUUGUAAUUACAAGUAUAAAUGUAGAUGGGAAUCUUCUCCUCAUUGGAAGCCAUCUAAAGGAAAAGGGAAAUCCUCCCAAACAAUUUAAGAUUGCAAUUCCCAAAAUACCAGCUUAUUUUACGGGAACAGGAGAUCUCAUGACUGCACUUCUUCUCGGUUGGAGCAAUAAACACCCAGACAACCUUGAGAAGGCUGCAGAACUCGCGGUAUCAAGCUUACAGGCACUUUUGCAAAGGACACUUGAUGAUUACAAAAGUGCUGGACAUGAUCCCAAAUCAUCCAGUUUAGAGAUCAGAUUAAUUCAGAGCCAAGAUGAUAUCCGCAGUCCACAAAUCACAUUCAAAGCUGAAAUAUACAGCUAAACGGUGAUAUGAUUUGAAGCCGAAUGCCUAUCUCGAUCAAUUAUAGAAAUUGGAGCUACAAUGUUCAAUUAUAGCACUGCAGGCCUUUUAAAGCCAAAAGUUCAUUUUUUUUUUUUUAAUAAGCAUGACAUAUAAGUCAAAUUUGUGUUAGGUUCGAAAAAAUAAAGAACUGUAAAUUUAAUUUUAGUUUCAUUACCCUCGUUACUGGAAUAUUAAGGCAUAAAUAUAAUUGUGCAUAUAUCUAACUAUCAAAUUGAAAAAUAA